AUGGUGGAGGGGCCGGGCUGCGCACUGUACGCGGAGAGGCUCCGCGCCCGCGUGCGCCAGGGCCAGGCGGUGCGGAGCGCGCGGGGCAGCGCCUCGCCGGCCGCAGCCGCUGUGGGCAGCACGGCUGGGUGUUUAAGGAGAUGCAAGAGCUGGAGAAGCUCUUUUACUGCUGUGAGUGGGGAGAGAACCUCUGGCCACAGUUUUCUUACAGGAUGUGUUUACAGAGGUGUGGAGACUUUGGGAAAAGAACUUUUUAUGUAUUUUGGUCAGACAGCUUUGAGGGUUCACUUUGGUAUGAAUGGUUCCAUGUGCAUUAAUCGUGAUGACAGCAAAGACAGAAAUGGAGCACCACCAGUUUUGGAGAUACAGUUAACAGAGGAUACGGUUUGUUUUUUUGAGGCAACAGUGGAGUAUAGAAAUGCAGCUGAAAGUGAGCAGAAAGUGAGAAUGAUGGAAAGCUUGGAUAUCUGCUCUCCAAAAUUUAGCAGCUUAAGAGCAGCAAGUGAGAUCAAGCAGCAGAAAACCCGCAUGUUGUGUGAUGUGUUACUGGAUCAAGCAGUGUUACCUGGAGUGGGAAAUAUCAUAAAAAAUGAAGCACUAUUUGACAGUGGCCUGCAUCCAGCUGUUAAAGUUUGCCAACUAACAGAUAAGCAGAUACGCCACUUGGUGAAAAUGACACGUGACUUUGCCCUCCUUUUUUAUAAGUGCCGCAAAACAGGGUCUGCACUGUACAAACACUACAAAGUAUACAGGCGUGCCCGCUGCGGGCAGUGCGACGGGAACAUCACUGCCUGUCGGCUGGGAGAGAACAACAGGAUGACCUACUUCUGCUGCCGAUGUCAGAAGGCUGAUGCCCAGCUUGUCAAUAUUAGCAAACUGCCAAUGAGAAAUAGCCUAAUUGGCUGGGCCUGUGGCAGGAGGUCAUGUUCUAAUGAACAUGUAGCUCAGAAAGCUGAAGAAGAGUGGACAUGUAUGUGCUGUACCCUAAUAAACAAGCCGUCUGCUAAAAUUUGUGAUGCCUGCUUGACUUCAAGGCCUGAAGUUCCAAAGACAGGGAAUGAUGAUGAUUCUGCAACCUUUAACAGAAGCUUAAUGAAGUAUCCUUGUAAUGAUUUUGGAAAGCCAAGCAUUGAAAUAAAAAUGAACAGGAAAGCUGCAUUUGGACAUACAACCCUUGUCCUAACCGAUCUCAGUAGCAAAGUUGUUCAGAGAAAUGAUCCCCAGGUAUCGGAUGGACACCUUCGGAGUGUUUUGCCAAAGAGCAAUUUGGAUCAAAUCCCAAAUGAUGUACGUCAGUCAGGGGGAAGCACAGACGAGUUCUGCUCAGCAAGCUUCACUGGGGCAAUGGCUUCAUGCUCCCAGCAGCAGCCUUUCUCUUUCAAACCCAUCCAAAAGAAGCAAAAAACUGAUCAUGUACCUUCUGUUCUCCAGCAAAACAAAGGAAUCAGCAAACCUCAAGUUAAUAUGACAGAUGGUAUUUGUUCAUUAAACACGGGCCAUCCUCGCUGCAGUAAACACAACCGCCUCUGCACUCUCAGAGUGGUGAGAAAGGACGGAGAAAACAAGGGCAGGCAGUUUUAUACUUGUCCUCUACCCAGAAAAUGUCGGUGUGACUACUUUCAAUGGGCUGACUUGAAUUUUCCAUUCUGCAACCAUGGGAAGCGCUGUGUGAUGAAGACUGUGUUGAAGAUUGGUCCCAAUAAUGGAAAGAACUUUUUUGUGUGCCCUUCUGUGAAGGAAAAACAAUGUGGCUUUUUCCAAUGGGCAGAACAGGGGCCAGGUAUACAGAUUAUUCCUUAAGGUUGAAGUUUUCAUCUGUAAAGUGUGACUGUGUAGUUACUCGCUCCUUAAAAGCAUUUGACUUUUCAUAUCUGUUCAUUAUGCUGCUUUUUCUGUUCACUGGGUCAUAGUAAGACAGGUCAAACAACUGAACUACAGCUUUUGAAAGAAUGAUUACUACAUCUAGUCCUGUGAAAAUUACAUAUUGCUUGCAUCUCACAUACUAUUUUGAAAUAAAAAUAUUCAACUCUGACAUCAUGAAUAGGCUUCUGAAAUGUCAGUAGGCCGUUGGUACACAUUGUUUU